UGUCCCGGAGUGCUCAGCCAGGGACUUUACUCUGAUUUUAACGUGUGGGAAGUCAUCAAGCGACGUCGCAAACUUCGCACGGGUUGGAUGCCGGUAUGGUUCAAGAAUCGUAGAGCAAAGUGGCGGAAGCAGAAACGUGAGGAGCAGGAACAGUUCUCAAAUUUCGAAAUCAACAACAAAAUUCGAAAAUUUAUAAACAUUCCAGUGAAUACACAAGAGAAGUUCCGUCAAUUACAGUCUGAGAUGAUUUCCAAAGACAAGUUUGUGAACAAAUUUGACGAAAUGAGUACCAGUGAUGAUGCAUCAGACGUCGAAGUGGUUUGAUGAAUUGGCUACGCUAUAAAAAAUAAUAGAAUUUCUUUUGACUAAGUUGUAUAUAAUUUUCCAAAAAGACCAAACAUUUCUGGAUGUACCUUGUCACAAAAAAGGAUUUAGAAAAAAAAUAGCUGAUGCAUGCCUGUCGAAACGAAUAGCGUAGAUUUUUCAGAACAGAAUAGAAUAGCUCUUCUUUAAAAAUCCUUCAAAACUGACAGUUGUAAAUUUUAUUAUAGUUAUUGAUAAUUUUAUCAAAUAAUUUGUUCAUAUUUGUUCUUAAACAUUCAAUACUUGACCUUUAAAGAUCCUGAUUUAGCAAUUCGAAAAAUUGCAAAUUCCUAUCAUAAAGUUACCUUAAAAAAACAAAAUUUUCAAAGUCUUAAUUACUGCGCAGUCUCAACUCGAGGGGAAGCAUAAACUUUGGGGUCUCCAGAAACACGGGCACUUUGAUUUUUUCAAAAAUAUUUAGACAGGGCCGAAUGGUUUUUUUUUUAAGUUUGUAUGGAGAAUCAAUGCGGGAGCGGCCGUGCUUGACUGGUUACGGUGUUCGCUUUGUAAGCGAAUGGUUCUGGGUUCGAUUCCCAACUGCUCCCAACGAGAAAGUUAAAGAACACUGGAAUUUUAAUUAAUUAAUAUAUGAACGGAAAAU